AUGCAGCGAAUUUCGACCGACACUGAACCUGGCUGCGAAAGCAGCGAUGAAGAGGAAAGCAGAUUUGCAGCUGGUGUCAGAAAACGUUGCGGAAGACGUGUUCCUAUUCCUACUAUCAGCAGUCUAGUUGCAGAGCGAAGCAAUCAUGUGAACGUAGAAGGUGCUACUCACAAGCAGGUGGUGGAUCUCAUCAAAUCCGGUGGCGAUACUCUAACGUUGACCGUCAUAUCAGUCACACAGCAAGAGGCGGAACGUCUUGAACCGACGGAAGACCCUGGCGGAUAUUCAUACAUCGACUAUUCGGAAAAACGUAGCCUGCCCAUUAGUAUUCCGGAUUACAACAUCAUUCAUCGUGGGAACGAGCGAUACGUUGUUUUCAAUAUCCAUAUGGCUGGUCGGCAGUUGUGCUCACGACGGUAUCGCGAAUUCUCAAACCUACAUCAACAGCUAAAGAAGGAAUUUUCCGGCUUCAGCUUUCCCAAAAUGCCCGGCAAGUGGCCGUUCCAGCUAAACGAGCAGCAACUGGACGCCCGCCGACGUGGGCUGGAGCAGUAUUUGGAAAAAGUCUGCGCCGUACGGGUGAUUGCGGAAAGUGACGCAGUCCAAGAAUUUCUCACCGACACUGUAGAUGAUCUGGCAGCGUCACCAGUCGAUAUUAAAAUAAUGCUACCCGACCAUGCCGUUGUAACGGUGUCGGUGCGAAAGUCGGCGAAUGCACAGCUCGUGUGGGAGCAGCUGGUGCAGCGAGCCAAUCUGACCUCUUACACUCAGCAAUAUUUUUACCUUUUCGAAAUUGUCGAGUACAAUUUUGAGCGUAAGUUACAACCCCACGAAAUUCCUCAUCAGUUGUACGUGCAAAACUACAGUACGGCUUCCAGCACGUGUCUUUGCGUAAGGCGAUGGCUGUUUUCUAUAGAGCGAGAAAUGUCGCUUCCUGCCGGCGAGCAGGCAGCGAAGUUCAUUUUCUAUCAGGCCGUCGAUGAGGUGAAUCGCAGCAAUAUUCGUGCAGAUGGACGUUUGUAUGAGCUGAAAGCGCUACAAGACUCGAAAAAGGCGGACGAAUAUCUUGCACUAGCACGCACUUUGCCCGGCUACGGUGAUAUCGUCUUUCCACAUUGUGCAUGUGACAGUCGUAAGGAGGGCCAUGUGGUACCGGCAGUAGGCAUGAAAAGCUUCCGAUUGCAUGCCUGUAGGGAAGACGGUGCACUCGAGGCACAAACCGUAGAGUUGCAGUGGGCUACAAUCUCACGUUGGGAAAGUGACGAGGAAUCGAUGGCGUUUUGUUUCCAGUACAGCCGCUCGGACAAACCGCCGCGAUGGGUUAAAGUUUUUACACCAUACCACGCAUUCUUGGCCGACUGCUUCGAUAGGAUAAUGGAGGAACGAGCAUGGGACGACACAGGAGAGUAAACAAACGCACGUUCGAUAGUCGGAUAUGAUAAUGCAUUUCAGUUAGCCAGGAUGAGGAUAGUUUUAUUAGCUGUGAAUGAUUUGUCUUGGAUGAAUGCACGCCAAGACAUGAAGAUGAUGUUACAACGGAUGUUUACAUGCAUCGACAACACAAAUUGUUGCUAAUUAUUUAGUCAUGAAAUCGAUGGCGAACCUAUAUUUCCGGACGAUACUGCGCCUGUCGCGAUCGUUAUGUUGGAUCAAGAUGGUACGAAAUUAUUACGAUCGCUAUUGUUGUAGUAUUACGAAAUAGAAGAAAGAAGCAAAUAUUACUACUAUACCUUCUGGAGCAUUCCGCCAUGUUUAGCUAUGAUCUGAUGGAUCCACUUAUGACUAAUCUAGUAGUUUUGCACAGCUAGUAAUAUAUUGCGACGCAUGUUGGAUGAAACAUUUGUCACUGAAUAGUGCAGCGAAACGUCUCUCUCUCUCUCACUCUUUCCUAUUUUCAAACUCUAUCUUUCUUUGUGUAUUUCUUUAAGAUGUCUAUUAUUUACGUAGUACCACUGACGCCAUCGUAUGAUAAGAUGUUUUGUUAUGGCAAUUCUUUUGGAGUGAUAAUCUCGAAGUACUACAAAAACACACCACACACAUAUUUAUCCCACGUCAUAAAUAAGCAUAAUACAAGUAGAGUAGAGAUCUGAAAUUAUUUCCAUUUAAUUUUCCGCGUUGCAUACCAUUCGCUGUUGAAAAAUGUCUCGCUAAGGUAGCUGAUACUUCCAUUUUAUUUGCCUCGAAACAUGUAUUAGUUCCUUACCAAACGAUUUUUUAAUCAUGCAGCAUUCUGUAACGCCUUGCAAGUAAAGCAUGUUUGCGUUUGAGGUAGCCAAGAAAGGGAUGCGUCGUGUACUAGCAGCAGUAUGAAACAUAAUCGGUAACGCCUAACAACCAAAACAUUUUUAACAUUUUGGACAGUAUGUAGCUUGUUAAAAAUAUUCAUAUAUGUUUUCGUAAAUACAGUCAUUUGGUUAGUGGUAUGGUCUGUCAGAAAACAUUCCAAUUUAUGUUUGUUGAUUGUUGAAACUGUUGCUUCAUUCCACUACGCCAUGAUGCCUUUACAGCAUUACUAUGACGCUAGUCUGCAUGUUCAAAAAUGGUAUGAGUUGCAAAAGGGUUAUGAUUGUUUAGGAAAAAAAACAAUAGUUAGAAAAAAAGAGAUUUGAAGAUGCAACAAAAGAAAAGAUGAUGAAAAAAAUCAACAAAUUGGAAAAAAUCAACAAAAAAUAAUGUCCAAUGAUCUCUCUACAAAAUUAUCACUUGUAUCUAUGUCGUGUAAAGCUCCCAAUUGUUAGCACGUGAACGUAUAACAAGUAAAAACCUUGUAGUAUUUCGAUCUUAGUAUUACCAACAAUCAAGGACCGAUAAAAUUAAAGCCACCACAAAGGAAAUUAAUGUUUGAAGUAGACAAACCAUGUACAUAGAAAUUAAAGAAAGUCGGAAGGAAAUUUUACUCUUGUGGAAGAAAGAUACGAGUAGAAAACGUCCUAGAUUAUAUGCUGACCAUCAUAUUUAAGGCAAAUUUUUGCACAGUAACUGAUGUAUGCUUGCGCACCGAUACACACGUAACGAAUGAAAGGACAUAGAUUUCAAUUAGAACCGAUCAAAUGAUAUGCUGAACAACAUCAUUAAGAUAGUAUUCUGUAUGUUAGUCUAUUUCUUGUGAGACCACGAUAAACAGAAUUCAUGAGAGUUGGCAAUGUCGAGCACAGGAACGAAAAAACAAUGCAACAUAAUCACAUUGACUGCUACAUGAGGCAGCGCUAAUGCAAAAUGCUUCAAAUUGGGUACCGGGUGCGCUCGCUCAAACCGCAAUGAUGGAAAAGUUGUAUCUCUUGGCUGCAGGAUCUGUUCAUAAUUAAUUUCACGAAUCCAGAACCAUUGUAUGUUUUACUUACGUAAAUAAUUAUCUCAGAUCAGAUCAGCGAGUUCGUUUCCAACAAGCGAGUAAAUGCACCUACCACAUAAUUCUAACAAGCUAUUGCAAUGCAGUGGAAAUGUCUGUACGUUUUCCCGAACCAGUUGACGUGCAAAUGUGUGUAUCGUUUAUGCAACACGCAAUAGUCAGAACAGAAUUGGAUAAUUUGGAGGGAUCUAAUUGUACGCCAUUAUGCAACAAUAUAGCAACUGUUUCUGUGUACUCUGGCCUUCUGUACAUACCAGAAAUAGAGAAGCAACGGCUAUAGUUAAAACAA